AUGGACCACAACACCCACGACCUUCCGCCGGCCUACACAUCCUCGCUAGAGGACUCCCACGCAGACGAGAAACCCCAACCGCCUGUCUUGUUUCCCCGUGACGAAGAACCAGGUCUCGCUCUCGCAUCGGCCUUGUCUCGGGGUCUUCAGGUACCCUCCCGCUCUGAUGCCUGUUCUUCUGGCUUUGACUACCCGGAGGAGUUGGCUUCUCAUGGAAUUACUGCCACCGACUGGGGGCAAUUCACCCAGACGAUCUGUGACGAAGCGAGGUUGUCGCGUCAGCAAUGGAAGAUCGUCAUUGGCAAGGGCUUGGGCACCUUGGCCGUGGGCGGCUUGAUGUUCGGAUUCUUCGGUGCCAUCCCAGCGUUGUUCAUUGCGCGCCAUACUCGUCGACGUCAGGAGCAGCGAAACUUGGUCGCGGCGAUGGCGGGAACGAACAGUCAACGACUGGCCCGUCAUAUCGCCAAUUGGAACGAGACGUUCUUCCAGUCGCGGGGUGUCUUGAUCCGCGUCGAUCUGCCCGACGAGUAUCUGGACGAGAUGGACGAGAUGGAUGUUGGGACGAACCGAACACCACCCUGCGCGGACCAGCGGGCUCGAGCAAAAGCAGCAGUCAAAGCAAGAGUCGUGAUUAUUCCCCUGAACAAGGGAAGGUCAUCGGCCCGCUCCGAGUCAACAGGGAGAGAUGGAGGCUUUAGGGAGCAUUAA